AUGAGGACAGGCGCACAUGCAAAACAGAAUGGGAGCGCCGCAGAGAGAAAGCUCGCAGAAAACAGCGCGGGUGCAGGCAAGAAACAAGAGGCACGCAGUGCCUCCUACAGCUCGUGCGAAAGCAGCCCCAGAAGCCCAAACGAGCUGGAGCAGCUCUUGGAGGAGAACGCUACCUUCAAAAAAAGCGAGGAGGAAGCGCCAAGCUAUGAGGACAUGUCGUCGGACGAGCUAAACAAAAGAAUCCGGUACGACGAGUGGGUGACCUGGAAAAAGGAAAGAAAGUCUGAGGAAAGGCGGGAGUUCAUAGAGGAUCUGCGAAGAAUCGUAAACUACAAACUAAACAUAAAAAACGUAAUUGUAGGGCUAAACCUGGCCAUCAACAACAGCAACUAUGGAAAGAGUGCCUCGUGCUCAGAGAGGGUCAAAUGCAUGAGCGCAGGAGUGGUUAUUGACAGCAACCGCAGCAUGGAGCUUUCUACAAGCCUGUGGGUGUACGGGUCCCAGCUGCAUGCCAGCGAGCAGACCGACAUCGAAAUAUCCUGGGAGUCUGUGCUGAGCGACCUCAUGCAGAUUGUUGUAGAGCACAAAAGAAAGGUUGAGUAUAGGCUGCCAACUCUGAAGGAGACAAACAACAGCUGGAGGUUCUGGCUCAACCACGUCCUUGCAGACAUAUGCGAGGAGACCUAUUCCUGGAUGGAGUUUGAAAACGAGAUCCUUGUGAACCCUCUCCAGUAUCCCACUGGGUGGAAAAAUGUAGACUUUAAGUUGCCGACUGCCAAGAGAGUGCGGGAUCUGAAGUACGAGGCUGUGGUUUACGAAAAAACUCUUAAAAGGAGCGCCGCUUCCCUGCGGCAGGGCAGGCACGGGGUAACCCCAAAGAACCUGUAG